UCUGGCGUCAGCAGCGCCCACGGGCGGCACGAUGGCUGCACGAUCGAUCCGGCAGGGAAAUGUUGCAAUGUGACAUCUCCUCAUAACAACGCUGGCAUGCGCCGGAUGAGAGGCACGGGAACGACUCCUCUUCUACCCUCACACCUCUUGUGUCAGGUUUUUCCAGAAACCUCAGUUGGUAAACUGUUCAGAGUGACAGUAUCCAGCCAGCUAUGUUCUUCUUCCCCUGGGUUGAUUGUGCCUGAUAAAAGCUGCCAUGGCUUUUUGUAACGAAAGCCUGCUGGACGACUGUGACCUCUUGGAGCCAGACGUGGAGCAGCCGGCAGAAACUCUCCCUCCGGAAGCGUCGCCUGCUCUCAUAUCGGUCACUCUCCGGGUGACACUGGCGGCCAUUAUGAUCUUCAUGAUAACUAUUGGUUUCCUCGGCAAUGCAAUCGUUUGCUUGAUCGUCUACCAGAAGCCCGCCAUGCGCUCAGCUAUCAAUCUCCUGCUGGCCACAUUGGCUUUCUCUGACAUAAUGCUCUCGCUGCUCUGCAUGCCCUUCACCGCUGUCACUGUGGCUACCGCCGACUGGAGCUUUGGGAGUGGCUUCUGCCGAGCCUCCAUCAUGCUGUACUGGCUCUUCGUUCUGGAAGGGGUGUCCAUCCUCCUCAUCAUCAGCGUGGACCGAUUUCUCAUCAUUGUGCAACGGCAGGACAAGCUGACCCCACAUAGGGCCAAAGUGCUGAUAGCAGGUUCCUGGGUGCUGAGCCUGUGCGUGUCCCUGCCGUCUGUGGUCGGGUGGAGGACAGGUGCAGCAGGGAUCGGGGGCACCUGGGCGCCGCAGUGCGUGCUGGGGUACAGCGAGUCGAUGGCAGACCGGGGGUACACGGUGCUCCUGGCUGUGGCCGUGUUCUUUGUACCGUUUGCUGUCAUGCUGUACUCGUACAUGUGCAUCCUAAACACAGUGCGCCGCAACACCCUGCGCAUCCACAACCACACCAGCGAGCGUUCCUGUCUGCCCGCCCUCAGCCAGGUCAGCAAGAUGAGGCUCACCGGGCUGCAGCGGCCGCCUCACAUCAAGGUGGACAUGAGCUUCAAGACCCGAGCCUUCACCACCAUCCUCAUCCUCUUCGUGGGUUUCUCCGUGUGUUGGCUGCCCCACACCGUGGUCAGCCUGUUGGCCGUGUUCAGCCGGCAGUUCUAUUACAGCCCCAUCUUCUACCCGGUGAGCAUCGGCGCUCUGUGGCUCAGCUACCUGAAGACGGUGUUCAACCCCGUCAUCUACUGCUGGAGGAUCCGCAAGUUCAGGGAGGCCUGUCAGGAGUUCAUCCCCAAAAGCUGCAGGCUGUGUCCCCGAAUGCCAGGCAGGAGCCACAGGAGAGUGAGGCCCAGCAACAUUUAUGUGUGCAGCGAGACUCAGUCUGCUGUGUGAAACAGCAACUGACCCUUCUGCUAGAUGUUGUCAUGUUUUAAAUGCUCCCCCACAACAGGAAGUGUGUUUUAAAGCAAUAUACCACAAAACAUAGAUUCAAUAAUGUACACUCCAUUUCAACAUAAUCUCUUGAAUUUUUUCACAUUAGUUGCGUUUGCAACCAUAAACUCAUGUGCGUACUCCAGCACAAAGUAGCGCAUACGUCAGAGGACGACAUUUGUUCCCAUCAUUUUAUGCAAGCUAAUUUUAAGCAAAGUCUCCCACCUGGAGAAGGUGUGUAAACAUUUAUUCUGAAGUCUUGACGCAUCUGCUGGUAGGAAAAGCUUCAGCUCAUGACAUUACAGCCUCCAUCUGGUUUUCUUCCACGAUUGUCCCUUAUUUAACUCCAUCACUGUUCCAAUCAACUCUGACCAGAUUAGUUCUCCCUGCUGAAGAAAAACCUUCCCACAACAGAAUACUGCCACUACCAUGUUUUACAAUGGGGUGGAAGUGCAUAGAAUGUAAAACACCUUCCUAUGUCUUGAUAAGCUUGAUGUUGUACUACACUGUUUUAAGAUGAUGGAUUACGUAGUGCUCAGUGAGAUGCUGAAAGCUUGGGGUAAUUUUGUUUAGCUUAUCCCACCCCAUUUAUUCACUUCUCAUUUUAUCUUUAAAACUAUGUAUCAUUUUCCUUCCACUACACAAUUAUGUGCUACUUUGUGUUGGCCAAACACAUAAGAUCUCAAUAAAACAUGUAAAAGUUCUGGGUUGUAACAAUGGUGUGAACAAUCUUAUAUGGCACUGAGCCAGUGUGUCCUUUCCGUGCACAAAAUGGUAAAAAAUGAAAUAGAAGAAAAACAUCACAUCUUCUGUAAACAUCAUGUGCAGUAUAUUGUCUACUGUUUGUUUCCAUAAGUAAAUAUAUGCUUAGUUUGCAGAUUAUUACAGAAGUUUCACCUGUUUUUCAUCUUCCUUUGUGAGCUCCUGGUCUGACCUGUCUGCUGCACGCUGUAACCUAUUGUCCUGAAACAAAUAAUUGGGGGAAAAAUACUUUUGUUUUCAGAUGUGUAAAAAUGAAGGGGUUACAGACAAAUCAGGCAGUAUAAAUGUAAAAAAAAAAAAACUAACAAAUACCAAGAAGAGCAGAAUUUUGUAAUAUGAAACUUGUUUUGUCAGUUUUAAAUGUUUGUUGAGAUUAAUUUCAAAUUUUUUGAAAGGCAAAGCAAGGUUAUUAAAGAUUUUUAUGUAUGAAGUUC